AUGGGGAGAAUUGAGAAGGUGGCUAGCUCUAAGCAUGAGGCUACGAUUUCGCCGGCGAUAGCUCAGUAUUCUAAGAAAGCUAUUGAGAUUUCUGUCGCCGAACUACCGUCGUACCUCGCAACAUUUCCUCGCCAGUGGCCGUUUCCGCGGGGGGACCUAUAUCACUGGAUUGGUGUGUUGAAUCGAUUUGACGAGCUAUUGGCGCGUGUCGUCACGAAAUAUGGACUAGAUGAGGGGCCUCAGACGAAGCCCUUUGGUCGACUUGUUCUUGUCGAAGAUUCUGUUUCUACAAGCCUAGUUUCUAAUGAUGAGGAGGGCGAACGGAAACUUGACCAACUAGGGCUAGGGCCUGAAGGUGAUAGAGAGCUAGUAGAGUCAAUACUGGAUUUCUCACGGCUCCUAUUAGAGAAGUGUGGCAACCGCAGCUUGUUCAGCAGCAGCGAGCGUUUGAACGCUUUUCUAAACUCAACAUCCCUCAGUCUAAUUCAAUGCACUCUACGACUGUCUCUCUGUCUGGCACAGCGAUACUAUUUCCGCCAACGAUCUACCAGUAGCACCCACUUCCAUCAAAGCUUACUGGCGGCUCAUUAUAACAUUGAGUUGGACCGUGUCCAAAAACUGGCGUCACCUUUCCCACGCCCACCUUCAUUCAUUGAGACUGCUGAAGGAACUUCGUUGGAAAAAGGGAAGGACAAGUCUGCUCAACCUAGCGCGGCAGCCGGUGAUAAAUGCAAUGCCAACGACUUGAUUUCGCUGACUAAAGUACCGUCUGACAAGAUUACGAUGACAGAUAUUUCUCCAGCAGCUGAGAUUGGCACUGCUGAAUGGAAAGAUUGGGGAACGGUGCGAUUUGCUUAUUACCCACGUGAUGCCACUGUAGAGACAUCUGGCGGCACUUUAAAUACCUCCUCUCAGGUUCAAAUGACACCGACACCAUUGCGUCACAGAUCUUCUGAGUAUCAAAGCUCAAGGUUGCUCCAUACCUCGAGCGUGGAUGACUCUCCAACACCCACAACUCAAUCACCAGCAACGAGACAAGAGGCUACUAGAGGAAUGAAAAUACUGGAGAUUUCAAACUCUAAAGUUCUAUCUACCAGCACAGAAGAGCUUUUGAAGGAAAAUCUGGGCGACUUGCCAAAGGAGUCGGCGUAUGACCUCUUAAACCGACUUCGAAUAGCUGCUGCCCUUGCCAAGUCUCCUGAGACUCGAAGGCAACUACUCGGCAUCAGACUCCUUGCUCUCAGUAAUUUGGCUUAUAUUUACCCGGAAGCUAUAUUUCAACAGAAAAUUCUCCAGCAAGACUCCGACGAACCCAAACGACUCCAGCUUGCUUACCAGCUUUCUGACUUCGUGCAUCUCGGGGUUGCUGGCGAUAUCAGCGCAUCUAUGUUAAACCAGUCGUUCGCCUUAACAUGUUUAGAUGCUCUAGCUAAGCAUAAGACGCGAUCAGCGGACGUCUGUGCUGCCCUAAAUUUAAAUGUCAACCAUGGCAUUUUGAUGUUUCUGGUCCGGAAAACCGUUACCGAACUGGCGGCGGAAGAUGGCCUAGUUGAUGACAUUGAGGGAGAUGACUGGCGCGAUGCCCUAUUUGGUCUUCUUCGAACUCUUCCAAGUUCCGGAACAAGAGCUCCGGAAACAUUGAUGCCCGCUGGCCUGAUCCCCAUGUUUGUGGAUAUGUUGAAUCUUCGAACAGAAAAGGCCCGAAGAGUAUACCCCAGAGUUUUAGAGUUUCUCGACAACUAUGUCCACUCGGUUCGAGAUGCUUUGGCAACUCUAGCAACUGCCAAGGGCUUCGAUGCCAUAUCUGACCUUAUUGCAACCGAGACAAAAUCCGCAUUUGAUAUGGUGGGAGAGGGUAAAGGGAUUUCUGAGGAAUUUAAAACUCCAUCUACCGAUUAUUCCAUACCCUAUUUUCAACAACAGGCCAUACGAUGGUUGUUCAAAUUUGUCAACCAUGUAAUGCAACAUAAUAGCGGCGGGUUUGAACGUUUGAUCCGCAACUUCAUAGACUCCCCUCCUCUUCUUAGUGCACUUCGCCUUGUUAUCGAAAAUGCAAAGACCUUUGGCUCGCAUGUAUGGAGCGGCUCCAUUAACAUUAUGAGCCACUUCAUCCACAAUGAGCCUACCAGUUAUGCCGUCAUAGCUGAAGCCGGACUCAGCAAAAGCUUCCUCGAAGCCGUUAUGUGCAAGCCGCUAGAAGUUCCGGAGGAGUCGGCUGAAGGGGAUAAGAAACCUGCCAAACCCCAAAAUUUGUUCAACCCUGCAUCUACUUCAUCGGACAAUAAGAAUCUCCUGGACCAUCUUUCCAAGGCUCCAGAGCGUAAGGGGUCGGAUGGAAUCUUACCCUCAACAGAAGCUAUUGUCGGUAUACCAUUGGCAUUUGGGGCAAUAUGUUUGAAUUCGACCGGCCUCGAUCUAUUCCAGUCAUCUGACGCACUGGAAAGAUUUUUCGAUAUUUUCGAAAGUCCAGUACAUGUGAAAUGCAUGAAAAAUGACUCGAAUUUGCUUCGACUGUUGGGAAAUUCAUUCGAUGAACUAGUGAGACACCACCCGGCUCUGAAGGCGUCAGUCAUGAGCUCCGUUCUGCGCAUGGUUGCUCGUGUCGGACUUCUUGGCAAGUACAAGGCAUGGGAAUCGGGACUAGGAGCGAAACUCUGGGUUGAGGACCAAGAUGGAAAGGAAUCUAUUUCUGGCGGUGUAUCUGCUACUAUCGGUGAUCUCUGCUCUGAUUUCUUUCAGAAUGAAGAUUACUGGCCUAGUGCCUCCGUCCCUAACCUAGGUAACGCCAGCACUAGCUAUCGAGAGCUCUUUGGGGAACCAGACACCAGCAAGUGGACUACCAAGGAUACUGAUGCGGAUGGCCUUGCCGUCACGGGUUAUAUCUUUCCAGUGCUGAAAUUCUUGGGUGCAUUCUUCGAGAAUCAGGCUAUCUGUGCCAAUUUCAUAGAAAACGGAGGGGUUGAAUACGUCCUCGACUUUGCUGUCCUCCAGUCCUUGCCCUUUAGCUUCCACAACAAUGAAGCAAACCACCAACUGGCUCAAGUCAUCCAUCUUAUGGCAGAGACAAAACCUCACCUAGUACUUCCACCCCUUCUCAACCGUACCAUCUCUGCGCUCGAUAAGCUUGAGCCAUUCUGGUCCAGUGAUCUGGGAUCAGUGGGCUUCUUUUCCCCCCUUACAAGCCCUCUGCAAGCUUUCGAGUCCAGCCCUGAAGAGGUAGAAUUAAAGAUGAAAGGAACUUAUUAUGCCAAGCACCUUGUUGCUGUUGGAACAUUGACCAAUAUUCUCCGCGAAGUCUAUACUCCACCAAUAUAUCCUACACGUCCAGCACAGCAGCCACUACCAUUUCACCAGGUCAAUCUUGCUGAUAAGUAUGCCAUACUUUCCGAGCGUUUAGGGCGGCUGCAUGCUGCUUGUGUUUGGGAAGAGAUACUACUCCAGCAAGAUAUGCCUGAGGCGUGGAAUGAGGUCACUAAGCUUCCUGGAUUUAGCUUUGAAGCGCUGGGUGAAGGUCGAGAAACCCCACCGGCCACUACAGCGGACGGAGGAUCUGAAGUAGGUGAUGUUGCUGCUGAGUCUCAUGCUGAAGACACACCGACAGCACAGGGCGGCCGAGCUAAGAAAUCCCCUAAAGUCGACAACCCUGCCUCUACACAGUUGGAUAAAGGGGCAAAUGUGAAGAACGUUAAGACCCUUCGCUGGCUGUUGGGAACGGUCCCUACUUGCAUAACUGGAUUUUUGCACUCUCUCGGUCGUGGACUGGUGGCGAAACGGCGCGUCGACACCUACCAACGACAGAAAGCAGCUGUGGUUGCUGGUGCAAUUGCUUCUAUGGUAAUUCAGCAGUUGGAGCUUAAAGGGCCUAAUGAGUGUGUAUCCACGAAGGAUCGGUUUUCCUACCUUAUUGUGAUACUGUCAUCAUUCUCGCGAUUAAUAUUUGACUCUACCGAACGUACACACUCUCAGUGCCUGACGAUGAUUCUUGUCGCAUUCAAGAGGCAAAACGGCAUACAGAAAAUGAAAGAAAUAGCUGAUAUCUUUCUCCAAGAAGUCAAGGAGUUGGCCCCAUUAGAGCACUCCACUUCAUCACCUCGAGACCGGCCAGCCAGACUUGCAUCAGCAUAUGGAGGAAUCAAAAUAAUCUUGACAUUCUUCUCAGAAAUGACUUCUGCUCGAUAUGUUCUUGACUCUGCUCAGACUUUAGCAAUGGCCAGUAAUGAUCGUGAUAGAGAGCGAUUUGAUACCUUCCUUCCUCAACAAUUCCUAGUUGAGCUUCGAAUGGAGGCCUUACCUCUAGUGAAAAGCAUGUGGACGUCAGAUUUUGUGGAGACGGCCUCUAGUUCCAUUGUCAAGUCGUUAAUCGAGAUCCUUCGCCUGGUUCUUGAAGCAGAACAUGAAAAUAAUGCUUAUCGUCGCGGAGAUAAUAUACCGAAACUUCAAGUAGCAGCUCUCAGGGCAUUUGCUAUUCAUCCUGAACGCCUUGGUCAACUUGUUGAAAAGGGAUACGAUGAAUCUCUUGCCAGAGAGGCGCUCUACCGCUGCUAUAACUCCUCUAGUGCUGCCGAGGAAUACUGCAACGCCCAAAAAGGUGUUCGCACUCCGCCUAGAAGUGCCAUUCCAGACUAUGAUGCUGAAGCUGCAGUAGCGAAACCCGGCAUUACUUCCCAGGGCGAUCACGUUUCAGGAAGCCGCACAGGUAACGAUACCAGCCCAGGUCCUUCUGCACAAUCGGCACAAGAUUUGGUUGAUCCUAUUGCGUCAAUUUUGGCUGAGAUACAUGCUGAGGCUACUGAAGCCAUGGAAACAGAGGGUGAUACCUCUUCUGAGGCAUCGCCACCUUCAAAUGCUAGAGCUGAAAGUUCGGCUGCUGCUGCCAGCACGGAAAGCAAAGCCAGUGAGGCUGCUUCUGCGGGAUCGCCAAAGAAGCGAGAAGUUGUAACAAUAGAUGAUUUGGACAAAGAACGAGAUAUCAUUCGCUCAAAUUUAAUAGAGCGAUGCCUGGAAGUUCUGAAUGCCCAUCACGAUGUCACCUUCGAGCUGGCUGACCUUAUUAACUCUGCAUCCAAGGUUGAAAACCCCUUCAACUUUAGGAGAGAGAUUGGAGAGACGCUGCUGCAUUUCCUAGCUUCUCUUCAAAUGGACGAGAAUUUUUUGACAGGAGGAAAGAAAAUUGCAGCGCAUGCGAGCCUUCUCGCCUUACUCCUACAGGAGCCACAGUUUUACGAAUCCACUCUCGAACCACUCCAAGAUAAUUUCUAUGUUUUACUUGGAUUUGUCAAAGUUCCACCUCCUACAUCAGAGAAAUCUCCCGAUGAGCCUUGCCCCUGGAUUGGUCAAGUUCUGCUUAUUCUUGAAAAAGUACUUGCUGAAGACGCCUCUCCUAAGGCCAUCCAAUGGAAUCCACCAAAUUCUGAUACCCCCGAAGAUUCUGAUGUUGCCGAGUUAGGGGAACCUCUUGUUUCUCUAGAAGGUAAAACGCAGCUCUUCGAUGCCCUUUUGGAAGUGUUACCACGAAUCGGUAAAGAUGAGUCACUCGCUCUGUCUGUUGCCCGGGUGCUCGUUAUGCUCACUCGAGAACGUGUACUCGCAACAAGGCUUGGAGAACGAAGGAACCUUCAACGCUUGUUUGUCAUGAUAAAACAAUUGAGCAAUCCAUCCAACGAAAAGCUACAAAAUACAUUUAUGCUCAUCCUCCGACAUAUCGUUGAAGAUGAAGACACAAUCCGCCAAAUAAUAAGAAAUGAUAUCAUUACCAGCUUCGAUUCCAGGCCUUCUCGCCAGACAGACACUACUAAUUUCGUUCGCCAAUAUAGCCAUUUGGUAAUACGAGCCCCGCGACUCUUUGUUGAGGUGACAAAUGAGCUGCUGAAACUUUCAAGAUAUGACGCAAACCAGCGGCCUCAAACACUUGUUUUAAAGAACCCAAAGAAGAUUGAUGGUUUGCAGUCGUCAGAAGAAACAGAUAAGCAGGAAGAAGCUAAGACCGAGGGAGGGCAGUCUCCGCGAGCAGCUAAGGAGACUGACCAACAUGAACCUAAAGAAAGCAAGGAGAAACACAAGGAGUUGAAGACGCCAAUUGUUGAGCAUCCAGAUGGCGUUAUCCACUAUCUUCUUUCUGAAUUGCUUUCAUAUAGAGAUGUUGACGACAAAGAGUCCGCCCCUGCUCCGCCCCCUGAGAAAACGGGUAAUCGAGCUGAGGAUAUCGAAAUGGCCACUGGCGAGAGCUCAUCCUCAUCUCAGGCCACAAACCGUGAGACUUCCACGAAAAAGCCGGAGAAACCCCAAUUCAAGGCUGAGGACCAUCCUAUCUAUAUCUAUAGAUGCUUCCUCCUCCAUUGCUUGACGGAACUCCUGUCAUCUUAUAACCGCACCAAGGUGGAGUUCAUCAACUUUUCCCGCAAGGCAGAUCCCCUGGCAACAACCCCAUCAAAGCCACGGUCCGGUAUUUUGAAUUAUCUACUUCACGGCCUUAUUCCAAUUGGAACCAUGGAACAUGACGAAUCCAUUCCAUUCAAAAAGCGCGUUAAUACCUCAGGAUGGGCAAUGAAAGUUAUAAUCGCCCUAUGUACAAAGACGAUUGAAUAUGGCGGACGGAGAUCUCUUCCUUCACAAGAAGAAGAGGUUGAAUCUGACUUGGUAUUUGUCCGAAAAUUCGUCCUGGAACACGCCCUGAAGUCCUAUAAGGAUGCUAGUGCUUCUCGGGAGCCACUUGACUCCAAGUAUGCUCGCCUCAUGUGCAUGGCAGACCUUUUUGAUAAAAUGCUCAGUGGUGGUUCUGGCCCAGAUGGCACACCACGAACUUCAUCAGCUACUCGCCAGAUCGCUAAGACAAUGUUUGAGAAGAACUUUGUCAAUGCCUUCACUGCCUCUAUCGCUGACAUUGACUUAAACUUCCCAUCAUCCAAGCGCGUCGUGAAAUAUAUCCUACGACCUCUUAAUAAGCUAUCUCAGACUGCCGUACUUUUAAGCGAAAGCGGCUCGAUUGAAGCGAAACCGAAUCAAAGUGACUCUGAUGAAAUAUCGUCAGCAAGUUCGGUAUCUGAAUUUUCGUCGUCAAGAGAAGAGACGCCCGAUCUUUUCCGUCACUCUACCCUAGGCAUGUUUGAACCACAUGAGGAAGAGACUUCCAGUGACGAGGAUGAAGAGGACGAGGAAAUGUACGACGAUGAGUAUGAUGAAGAGAUGGAGUAUGAAGAAGACAUGCCAGAGCACGAUGGAGAAGUUGUCAGUGACGAAGAUGAGGAGGAGAUGGAUGAGCGAGGUCCAAUUGAAGGAUUACCGGGCGAUACUCCAAUGGAUAUCGAAGUCUUAAUCGACGGAGACUCCGAGGAUGAGGAUGAUGUGGACGACGAUGAUGAAGAUGAUGCAGAUGAUGACGAGGACGACGACGAGGACGACGGCGAUGACCAUCUGGACGAACGAAUUGUUGCUGGUGAAAUUACCGGUGAUAAUGACAAUAACAGUCUCCAAGAUGGAGAAGAUGAAUGGGAAAGUGAUGAGGGUUCCGAAGAGGCAGACGAUGAGUUAGCCAUGAUGAACCAGCUCGAGAUUGAAUUAGGGGGUGGCAUGGGACAAGGAGAACACAAUCGUCCCGGUCCGCCUCACAUAGAAAAUCUUCUGAGAGUCCUGGAAGAGACUGGCGCCUCUGUUGAGCGCCUGGACCACGAAAUCGACCAUGGAAUGGAUAUGAGGGACCUUGGAGAAGAUUUUGUAGAGGAUGACUUGAAUGAGGAAGAAGCUAACUUUUCACCAGACGAUGAUGAAGAAGUUGACGAACUGGAAGAAGAAGUUGAUGAGUUUGACGACGAGCAAGCAAUAUACCAUGAAUACGACCAUGAUGAUGGGGACCUUUCCAACUCACCAUGGAGCUGGGAUGAACCAGUUCUGACCCAGAACCGCGUUCCUUCACGGAAUAUUUCGUCCUGGAAUUUCUUCCCGGGUCAGAUGGCAAGCCGACAGGGGAUCAUACCAGUACCGGACUAUCGAACUCACCGGAAUCAAGUUACACAACCGGGAAAUGAUGAUGGUGUUAACCCCCUUCUACGCCGUUAUGGUCGCCCACAUGAACAGCCGGCCCAAAGACGAGGGCCAAAUGCGGAAGCAUUUAGUGACUGGGUAACUGCAAUGGACCCAAAUAGCCAUGGUAGGCUUUUGUCAAUCGAUAGCCCUGUUACAUUCAUGAAUGCAAUUAUGCAAGCAAUUGGCCAAGGAGGACCAGAGUUUGGCAUCAUACCCCGGCCUGAUGGAUUCCACCUUCAUGUGGAGCGUGGAUCCGUUCUCCCUGGCCGUCUCCAGGAUCUCCUUGGAUUAGGAAGAGCCCCAGCGGUUGCUCCACGUUCUCGUGACGAUCCAGGCCAGGCUGUUGCCUUCCCAACCGGCUCGACAUUAAAUCGUUGGCAGGAAGAAGCUCGACUUCAUUUCAACAACCUCUAUAUGGAAAGGGCACAGCGAAUUGUGCAAUCAAUUCUCAAACUUUUAAUUCCCCCAGCUAUCGAGGAAGACAAGCAACGACAAAAGAAAUUGGAAGAAGAGCGAAAGCGUUUGGACGAAGAAAAGCUUGAGCGGGAGAAACAAGAACGCAUUGCUCGAGAAGAGGCUGAAAAGGAGAAAAAGCGGAAGGAAGAAGAGGAAGAAGCUAGAAAAUUGGAGGAAGAACGCCGUGCAGAGGAAAAUGCUCAAGCGGGUGAUGCUGAGCCAAUGGAAGAUGUGCAGCCUACAGCUGGUGCUGCGGAGCAGCCUUCUACUGAAGCUGCAGCCCCUGAAGCAGGCCCGUCAGAGCCUGUUCAAAGAGUUCACACGAUCAUACGCGGCCGCCAACUUGAUAUUACUGGCAUGGAAAUCGAUCCGGAAUACCUUGAGGCACUCCCAGAAGAAAUGCGCGAGGAAGUAAUCUUGCAACAACUUGCAGAACAACGUUCUCAAGCAGCCGUCGCUGGCGAAGAACCAAGUGAGAUCAACCCCGAAUUUUUAGAAGCCUUGCCGGCAGAAAUCCGAGAGGAACUCCUACAGCAAGAAGCCGCCGAUCGCCGUCGUCGAGAGCGGGAAGCUGCUCGUCGGCAAGCAGCAGCGAAUGGAGGUCCUCAUGCCGAAGAUAUGGAUCCUGCCAGUUUCAUAGCAACACUUGAACCAUCAUUGCGACAAACUGUCUUGGCUGACCAACCUGAUGAUAUAUUGGCUUCACUAGGCCCAGAGUUUGUGACGGAAGCUCGGGCAUUGACCGGCCGCAGACUUCCUCGGUUUGGUGACCCGGUCCUAGACCCGCCUCCCCCGGCUCGUCAAACCCAGGAGCCCAAGAAGCCUCAACGCCGGCAGAUUGUGCAGGUCGUCGAUAAAGCUGGUGUAGCCACUCUACUUCGACUGAUGUUUAUGCCACUACAACCGAAUGCUAGACAUCAUGUAAAUGAUAUCCUACAUAAUGUUUGCCAGAACCGUCAGAAUAGAUCAGAAGUGAUCAGCCUCAUUCUGCUGAUCCUCCAAGACGGAAGCGCUGAUAUUUCGGCAGUGGAGCGAAGCUUCGCUCAUUUGUCAUUGCGCGCCAAAACGCCAACUUCUCAGCGAACUCCCCAAUCCCUCAAACGGGCUUUGUCGCUCCCUGCCCCCGGCGCCAACCAUGAUGUGACCCCAUUGAUUGUCAUUCAACAAUGCUUAGGUGCUCUUUCGUUCCUAACUCAGUACAACCCGCAUAUCCCAUGGUUUUUCCUCACCGAGCAUGAAUCCAUCUCAGCCCUUAAAAUGAAGGCCCUACGUAAAGGGAAGACAAAGGAAAACAGGGCAAAUAAAUUUGCACUGAAUUCUCUUUUGUCCCUUCUCGACCGGAAAGCAAUCUUGGACAGUCCUAACUGCAUGGAACAGCUAUCCGGAUUACUUAGCAGUAUUACCCAUCCUUUAACAAUACUACUCCGAAGAGAAUCAGACAAGCAAGAGGUUUCCGAAACUAAAGAGGCUGAGACGAAACCCGAAACUGUGACCCAGCCACAGGAUGCAGGUGAAACCCAGGCAAGCAACCCACCAGAUACUACUAUGGCGGAGCCAACUGCCGGGACGACUUCAGAUACUGCCGGCCAACAAGAGCAAGGUGAAGAUGGAAAUACCGAGGGAGACAAAUCUUCCAAGGAAGACAGAAAGAAGAAAGUACGAACAAUUGACCCUCCCGUGGUCCCAGAGUACAAUUUACGACUUGUGGUUCAUAUUCUCUCCGCCCGCGAGUGCAAUGGUAGGACAUUUAGAGAAACGCUUUCCACCAUCAAUAACUUGUCUUCAAUCCCGGGCGCAAAAGAAAUUAUUGGGAAAGAGUUGGUUGGUCAAGCACAAACUUUGAGCAAAUCGAUAUUGGUCGACUUGGAGGAACUUAAACCUCAUAUUACCAAUGCGGAAUCUGGUACUGAUGUGCAGGGCAUGGCUCUUGCGAAAUUCUCGCCAGCAAGUUCCGACCAAGCUAAGCUGCUACGAGUUUUGACAGCACUUGAUUAUCUAUUUGAUCCCAGUCGAGACAAGGAGAAAAUAUCUGAAGCGGAGGCCUCUGAGAAAGCAAACACCCUGAAGGCGCUUUAUGAGAGUGUUACUUUUGGGCCUUUAUGGACGAAGCUUAGUGAUUGCCUCCACGCUGUUCAACGCAAAGAAUCGAUGCUGAAUGUCGCGACGACCCUUCUCCCAUUGAUCGAGUCACUCAUGGUUGUCUGCAAGAAUACCACACUGAAGGAUAUUCCCCUUUUCCCCAAGCAAGGCCGCGAGUUCUCCGUGUCAAGCCCACCUCCCGAUUCUGGUAUGGAGGGCUUGUUCUUCAACUUUACCGAGGAUCACCGCAAGAUCCUCAACGAGCUUGUGCGGCAAAAUCCCCGACUUAUGAGCGGCACAUUCUCGCUACUGGUCAAGAAUCCAAAGGUUUUGGAGUUCGACAACAAACGUAACUACUUCAACCGCAAGCUCCAUUCCCGCGGAACCGAGGUUCGCCAUCCCCAUCCUCCACUACAACUCUCUGUCCGCCGUGACCAGGUGUUCCUCGACUCCUUCAAGUCUCUAUAUUUCAAAACCGCAGACGAAAUGAAAUAUGGCAAACUUAGCAUUCGAUUCCAUGGCGAAGAAGGUGUUGAUGCUGGUGGCGUAAGCAGGGAAUGGUUCCAGGUCCUUGCCCGAGGAAUGUUCAACCCCGAUUAUGCUUUGUUCAUUCCAGUCGCAUCUGAUCGCACAACAUUCCACCCCAACCGGCUUAGUGGCGUCAAUCAGGAGCACCUGAUGUUCUUCAAAUUUAUCGGACGCAUCAUUGGCAAAGCAUUGUAUGAAGGUAGGGUUCUUGAUUGUCACUUCAGUAGAGCAGUGUACAAGAGAAUCCUAGGAAAGUCAGUCUCCAUUAAAGACAUGGAGACUCUUGACCUCGACUAUUACAAGUCGCUUUUGUGGAUGCUAGAAAACGACAUUACUGAUAUUCUUACUGAGAAUUUCUCUGUUGAGGUUGAAGAUUUUGGUGAAACCCGUGUCAUUGACUUAGUAGAGAACGGCCGAAAUAUCCCAGUCACCCAGGAGAACAAGGAAGAAUACGUUCAACACGUUGUUGAACACCGAUUGACAGGGUCUGUGAAAGAGCAGCUGGACCACUUCCUCCGUGGUUUCCACGAUAUUAUACCAGCAGACCUUAUCUCCAUCUUCAACGAACAGGAACUGGAACUUCUCAUUUCUGGGUUACCUGAGAUCGAUGUCAAUGAUUGGAAGAACAACACUGAGUAUCACAACUAUUCUGCAUCUUCUCCGCAGAUUCAGUGGUUCUGGCGCGCCGUUCGGUCAUUUGACAAAGAAGAGAGAGCCAAACUUCUUCAGUUUGUCACUGGUACCAGCAAGGUACCCUUGAACGGAUUUAGAGAGCUUGAGGGAAUGAAUGGAUUCAGCAAAUUCAAUAUCCAUCGUGACUACGGUAGCAAAGACAGGCUUCCGAGCUCGCAUACCUGUUUUAACCAGCUCGAUCUACCCGAGUAUGACAGCUAUGAGUCGUUACGCAAAUGCCUAUACACAGCUAUGACUGCUGGCAGUGAAUACUUCGGGUUCGCUUAA